AUGCCACUUGGAUUACAGGCUGGCUCUAGGCUUGGUGGAAAGGGAAAGGGAAAGGAAAAGGCUGUGCGCACAGCAAGAAAAGCUCCAGUUCGCUCAUCUCAAGCUUGCAACAAUCAUGCUCAGAAGGCCAUGCGCCGUGCAAAGUCUGGCACCAAGGCUCUCCGCGAUAUCAGAAGACAGCAACUUGAUACUCGCCUGAUUAUUCCAAAGCUCUCAUUCCAGCGUCUUGUUAGGGAAAUCGCACAAGACUUCAAGUCCAAUCUUCGCUUCCAGCAAUCUGCUAUCCUAGCUCUCCAGGAAGCUGCCGAAUGCUUCCUCAUUCGAGAAUUUGAGAUGACAAAUCUCCUUGCUAUUCAUGCGAAGAGAGUGACAAUUCAGGCAAAGGAUAUGCCUAAUGGUGACGUACGAGGACGGAUUGGGUGGUCGUCUGUCUCACAUGCUAGUGCUGCUGGGAGCGAAUAUGCGAGUGUGGACUUGGGAUCUGAGAAGAGUAUCGGGCGCGUGGUGCUGUUUGCGCGCUCUGACCUCGUGGAGGGUACGGGAUCGGGGUUUCCAGUUGAUUUCAAGAUUCAGGGGAGUGGAAAUGGGGAGGCGUGGAUGGAUUUGCUGGUGCAGACGGGGUUUCCGGCGCCGUUGGCUGGGGAGGGGCUGGUAUUUGCAUUUCCGAGUGUGAGUGUGAGGUGGGUGAGGGUUGCGGCGAGUAAGUUGGGUGGGGUAGGGGGCGAGAAUGGGUAUAGGAUGCAGUUAGGGGAUUUCCAAGUUUUCGCGUGAUGGAAAUGAUGCUUGUGUGUGGUUGGAUUAAAGAGGGAUUAAUAAUAUAAGCGUACUGGAAUAGAGAUGGAGAUGUUCUCAUAAUAAUUAUAUUGG